AUGGCAGCACAACUACCAAAUGAAAUUAUUCUGGAGAUCUCUAGCUUUCUACUCACAAAGGACAGGCUUUCUUGUUCUCUUACUUGCAAGAGAUGGCAUUAUCCGUUUCAAAAAAAGCUUUGGAGAGAUGUUAGUAUCAAAACCAAUCUUAGACUUAAAUCUAUUCGCUAUAACAUUGAGAGAUCGAAAAGUACUCUGCCGUCACUUGGCCAUUUAGUAUGUUCUUUGUCCUUCGAGAUUACAAGAUCUAACGAUACAUGGAAGUCACUGGAGAGCUUAAAAAUUCAGAUACCAUAUAGUGAAGAAACAAAAUCGACGGCAGAAUUUAUUGGGUUAUUGGCAACUUGUGGCAAGCUCCAUACAUAUGAACUAUUUAAAGGAAACUAUCCUGUACCAGCCAAGUUUGAAGCAAAAGACUUUGACAAACUCCAUCAAAACUUACAAUAUCUAAAAUCCUUCAAGGCAUGUAUAACUCUCGAUAUGGACGUUGCACCAUCGCAGCAUAUAUCAAUAAAUCGUACACCAGCACUCGCUUUGACUACCCUCGAUUUAUAUACGUGUAAAUGGAGCGAUUUUGGGAUGUAUUAUUUUGCCCACAAGUAUCCAAACUUAAAUACCAUGAGAUGGAGUACUUUGGGUACAUGCUCCCGUACGGUAUCUCCAAAUAAUAUGCAACAAUACUCAGCUAUUUUUGAUUUCACUACAAAAGUACUCCAACAUCUGGAAACAUUUGAAUUCGUAACAGUACACGUUCCAGGAAGCCAUCAUUCUGACUUUUGGGAAUUUCUGAGUUCAUUGAGAGCUCCUAUCAAGAACUUAAAAUACAAGAUUUCAAUCAGUGAAGGCAGAUGGAGCACUAUUACAGCACUUAGCAAAAAGCUCAUAGAAUUGUUUUCGGAAACACUCGAGACUCUUUCAGUUAAUAAUAAUGCGCCUUACAAGUCGAUGUAUAAGCCACAACUAAAAAUAUCCUCUUGUUGUCUCUUUUUGGUGGAUCUUAAGCUCAGAUGCUGUGGUAUGUCUAUUGGACUGCAAAACCUGUUCGACAGCUGUGUAGCCUUAAAAAGAUUGAGGAUUUAUAAUGCUGAAUUGUCGUGUUUCUCACGCACAAGAAAUCAAGGCCAAGACCUAAAAGGACAAAAGCACCAAGAGCAAAAGCAUGGGUUACGAAUUUUGGAGCUGCACCGAAUUUCUACAAGUCGCAAAGUGUUUAGCUACCUUUCUUUCAGGUGCAGACGCCUGGAAUAUAUGAAGUUGAAUAGUACAUAUAUAAAGGGCACCAUCUCUGGAGACAGCCAAUCAUUUCUUCUCGACAUGUCCUACACUUCAUUCAAGCUACUACACCUUGUCGAUGUUAGAUUCACUAUAUUCAACGAUCAGGCGAAUGAAAAUUGUAUCAUAAGUAUGCUACUUUUGUCUCAGCAGAACGGCCUUUCCUCAACAGAUAAAAAUAAAAACGGCGUGGAUCCAAAUUCUACUACAGUACCUUGUCCUUCUCAGUCCUUUACUUGGUUUAUAUUCUUUCGUGCGAGCUAUGAGGAGGAAUACAUAUUAUGGCUCAUAAAACGUCAAGACCAAGGUGAUCUUACCCCAGUCGAAUACUUUCAGAUGUUCCAUUUUGAAAAUUGUCCGUUGGCAUGGAAAACUUCCAGAUUGUUGAAUAAAAACACUGACAUAGACACAACGGAACACCUAUUUAGUGUUCUGUACCGAGCAUUGAGGAAUAGACAAAAGAGUAGAGACCUUCUUGUGGCAGAUGUUGAUGAGCUUGGAACCUCCAAGGAAAAAAUAAUUUACCACCUUUGUAACCAAAGCAUCCUUGCCAAUAUCUUAAUUGAUUUCACAAGUAAUCCUCUCUUGCCAAAAUUGCGGGAUGAUGUGGAAUAG